AUGAGGCCAAGAGUGGGUGGAGAAGAGCGCUCAGAUCUGCGACAUUUGAACAAGGGAAAGGAGGAGGAGGAGGAGAAGGAAGAGGAGGAGGAGGAGGAAGGGGGAAGAGGAAGAAGAGGAGGAGAAGAGGGGAGGAGGAGGAGGAGGAGGAGUAGGAGGAAGAGGAAGAGAAAGAGAAGGAAGAAUAACAAUUUGUAG